AACAACAGCAGCUCCAUCUUUCGCUCCGUCAUCAUCAUAAUCCUCCUCAUUCUCAUUCUCAUCCCAUCUCCAAACCGACUUCUCUCUCUCCGUCGCUUCCACAAUUAUUCACAGUCUUCCGUGCAAUCGGAGUCAGCAUCUGUGAUCUGUCCACGGCCUUCAGUACCCUCCCUCCCUCUACCAUCGUUCUCAUCUGAUCCGAUCCGCCAUGCCUGCCACCACGGCGGACACACUCUCCCUCGUCACGCGCACCGUCACGGUAGCUCCCUUAGUCCUUCUUUCAGUCGCAGAUCAUUAUGGACGGUCAGCCAAGGGAACUCGGAAGCGUGUUGUUGGUGUGCUGCUUGGAGAGAAUUCGGGCCAGACCGUUCGAGUAUCCAACAGCUUUGCAGUUCCGUUUGAGGAAGAUGAGAAGGAUCCCUCCGUUUGGUUCCUAGAUCACAACUUCGUUGAGUCCAUGAGAGACAUGUUCAAGAAGAUCAAUGCCCGCGAGAAGCUUGUCGGAUGGUAUCACUCGGGUCCUAAAUUACGAGCCUCUGAUCUUGAGAUCAAUGAACUCUUCAAACGAUACACACCGAACCCCUUACUGGUCAUUGUCGACGUCCAACCAAAGGAAGUUGGCGUUCCCACAGAUGCCUAUUUUGCUGUUGACGAGAUUAAGGACGAUGGCACAACAACGUCCAGGACAUUUGUCCAUACUCCUUCCGUGAUCGAGGCCGAGGAGGCUGAGGAAAUCGGUGUUGAACACCUGCUUCGAGACAUCAGGGACGUUGCCGUCGGAACCCUUUCGACACGCAUAACAUCGCAGCUUCAGUCGCUGCAAGGUUUGCACUUGCGCCUGCGUGAUAUCGGCCAAUAUCUCCAGAAGGUCCUUGAUCACGAGCUGCCGGUCAAUCACGCUAUUCUUGGCAAUCUUCAGGAUGUGUUCAAUCUCCUUCCCAACCUAUCUACCCCAGCAACGACGUCCCGUCUGAGUGGGUCGGAGCCACAGAUGGAGAACAGUGAACUAGCACGGGCAAUGAGCAUAAAGACCAACGAUCAAUUGAUGGCCAUCUACAUCAGCAGCUUGAUUCGCGCUAUCACCGCCUUCCACGAUUUGAUUGAGAACAAGAUCCAGAACCGGCAACAACAAGAAGAGAACGAAUCGAAGAAGGAGCAAGAAGCAAAUGCUGCCAAAGAUGACAAGGAGGGUGCGAAGAAGGUGAAUGGCGUGAACGGCGAGCAAAAGGAGGAUCAGGAGAAGUCCAAGAAGAAGAGCUAGAAGUGUCAUUCAACAAUGGCACAACUGACAUGAAAUCAACCCAUUUUCAGUUUAUGCAUGGAAGUGUAUAUUACGAUAAUCUGAGAAUCGAUCUUGUCCUGAGCACGCACCAAGCGAGCUCGAGCAGUUGGAAAUA